AUGUCCUUGGUCUCCUCCGCCGCUGUUGCUGAGCACGCCAGCCGUGAUAGCUGCUGGAUCGUUGUACACGGCAAAGUCUACGAUGUCACCGACUUUUUGGAUGAGCAUCCUGGUGGAAGCAAAAUCAUCCUCAAGUACGCUGGAGCAGACGCAACCGAGGCCUAUGAACCGAUCCACCCACCCAAUGCCAUCACAGAUAAUCUUCCCACUGACAAACACAUUGGAACGGUCGAUCCCGACACCGUAGUCAAAGUCGUCAAAGAGGUCACCGAGGAGGACAAGAGGCGCCAGGCCCUCCUCGAUGCCCGCCCACCUCUCGAUGAAAUCAUCAAUCUCCAUGAUUUCGAGGCUGUAGCCAAGGCCGUUCUCCCUCCAAAGGCCUGGGCCUACUACUCAUCGGCCUCAGAUGACGAGAUUACUAUCCGUGAAAACAGGGCCGCCUUCCAACGCGUUUGGUUCCGCCCGCGCAUCCUCCGUGAUGUUACCUCCGUGGACUGGUCGACGACCAUCUUGGGUCAGAAGUCUUCCCUGCCUGUCUACAUAUCCGCCACAGCCCUUGGCAAACUUGGUCACCCGGAUGGCGAGCUCAACCUGACGAGAGCUGCCGGAAAGCACGGCGUUAUCCAGAUGAUACCCACUCUCGCAUCUUGCUCCUUCGACGAGAUCCUCGACGCCGCUCUCCCGGGGCAGCCGCUUUUCCUACAGCUCUACGUCAACCGCGACCGGGAAAUUACGAAGAAAUAUGUUCAGCACGCCGAGAAGCGAGGCGUCAAAGCCCUCUUUAUCACAGUCGAUGCUCCGCAACUCGGUCGUCGCGAGAAGGACAUGCGAAUGAAGUUUGUCGGUGACGCCGGCGCUAAGGUUCAGGAAGGCCAGAAGGAUAUCAAACAAGACCAAGGUGUCGCCCGUGCCAUCAGCUCGUUCAUUGAUCCCAGUCUGUCAUGGAAGGAUAUUCCUUGGUUCAGAAGCAUCACCAAUAUGCACAUCAUCUUGAAGGGUGUCUCCACCCCCGAAGACGCUCUCCUCGCCUACGAUGCUGGUUUGCAAGGAAUCGUUCUCUCUAACCAUGGUGGCCGUCAACUGGAUACCGCCCGCUCAGGCUUGGAGAACCUGCCUCCCAUCAUUGCUGCCCUCAAGACCCGUGGCCCCUGGCCGAACCCCAACUUCUCCGUCUUCAUCGACGGUGGUGUCCGCAGGGCUACAGAUGUGUUGAAAGCUCUCGCCAUGGGCGCUUCGGCCGUUGGCAUUGGACGAGGAUUCCUGUACGCUUUCGCCAGUUACGGGCAGGAAGGCGUGGAGAAGUCGUUCCAGAUCCUCAGGGAGGAAUUCGAGAUGAACUUGCGUCUACUUGGUGCUCGUAACCUGUCUGAGCUCACUCCGGAUAUGGUCGACGCCAGCGGCCUCCAUCAGCACGUCGGUCUCACUCCUCCUGAUAACCUCUUCAACACGACGUAUCAACCUCUCCGCCUGGCGGAAUUCAGGGAUGCCAAGCUAUAA